AUGGCUGAUCCAGUAAAGUCAUACUUCGAUCAAAUUGGUAGUGAUGAUUCAGAUAGUGACGAUGAUGCCUAUGUUCCUGAAAAGAAAGAAAAAAAGCAUAAUAAGUCCGAAUCUUCAGAAAAAGAAGAGAAACCAACUGCAGUUCCAGAAAAAACUCAAACAACCGAAUCUACAGAACCAAAACAGGAAGAAAUAAAACCAACAGAAGCUAAAAAUGAAGAAAACAAUUCCGAAAAUAAAAUUUCUCCUGCAGAGAACAAAGAGGUACCAAAACCUGCCGAAGUUGCACAACAAACAGAAAACCACCCCGUAAAUCAACCAAACUCAACACUAGAAUUAGUUCCUUCUUUGGAUAACGAUUAUUAUCAACCUAUUAGAGUUCUAACUUCAGAAGAAAAAGAACAAUCGAACAAACUCGUUAAUGAUUACUUUGCUAAGCUUUUGGGAGAUGAAUCAGAUGAUGAAGAGGAAGAUGCUGACGAUGCGGAAUAUACUAAGAUCAAAUACAAUAAAAAGUCGAAUAAGAAAGAAAAUGAGAAAGCGAAAGAACAAGAAAAACCAGCAGAAGAAAGUGAUACAGAGCCACUCAGUUCCGCUCACAUUAUUUCUCCAUUAGAAAUGCUUGUUGAGGAACUUGGUCAACAUGAAAACAUUGAGGCAGCUUUGGCUUCAAAUCCUUCAGAAAAUCAGCUUGCAAAAAUAACAAAUUGCGCUACACGUUUGCUUUUCCUCGGUUUUGCUGAUGUCUACGAAAAAUCUACUGCUGAAAUGAAAUCAAUCCUCAACGAUUUGAAAUCAAAAUUGAAUUAA